AUGCCGGAUCCACUGGAGGAACGUGAGGCGCUCUGGUACCAACUACAGCGAGCCCAAGUCGCGGCAGCUGACUUGGAAUCACACGCUCACUCCUGGACUAGAGACCUCAACUGGGUGCUAAUGGAGUCGACGCUGGUACCCGGGGAAGAUUCUGGCCCCACACCACCAAGCUUGGUCGUUACCCUGACUGCCGCACGACUGAUGGUAUCGAGGGAACGAGCACGAGAAGUGGCGAGGAGGCUGGCACGACAGCCGCCCUUCGAAAGAGCCGCAACCGAGCCGUUCCCGCCUGUUUCAACGCCGUCAAGUACAGGAACGCUGACUGAAGAUCAGGUCACGUGGUUAGAGAACCGGUAUUUGCGAUUCGUAAGGGCCACACUGGGCACGCUCUGGCUUCUGCUUGAGCACGCCGCAGACUCGGACUCCGCACUCGCUUUGGCCGCCCGCCAAGCACUGCACCGGCUCGAGCUGGGCAACGUCAUCGAGUUGUUGGGACGGCGUGCAGUUGAGGGGAUUCAUGGACGAUACGGUGUUCAGCUCGAGCGAGCCUGGCACUUGGAGUGUCUCUUGCGUUUCGCCCUGAUGCCGUCGUCGCUGCUCGGGACGGAAGCAGCUGCCCAGCUGGAUGUGCUCUGGGACUCUAUUCUUGAGAGACUUUUUGUUGCACUCAAUGCACGUUGGUUUCUCAUCGAUGAUCGAACGGCUUCGGGGUUGGCGGUUUGUAUCGUAGCGGUGUUGCUUUGCCGGAUGCAUUCCAGCGGCACGCGCUACCGUUGGGCACACCCGGUGGUGGUGGUCAGCACCACCGAGGAGCUACUUGAAUCGCUCAGUCUGGAGGCUUCCACAGAGCCAUCGCUUCCAAACGCUGAUCGAUAUCAUCGGUCGGGCACGCUGACCCGUCUGCUGGCGUUUUUGUGUGUUCUCGCCCAGACCUGUGUGGCUUCAAGCGAGCGCUUCGCAGGCGCCCCAGACGGUGAUGCACGGCAGCGGGGUAUCGAUUCCGAGGCAGAAACACCUGCAAUGGAGGCAUUUAUCCGCGAUGAUUUGCUCGAGUUGGCGCUGGCUGCCGUCCAGGAAUUACUGGAUGGACCACUUGCCGCAAGUGCACCUGCUUGGCGACAUCGGCUUGCGACCUGUAACACGGAUCCUGCAUGGGCGUUAUGGCAGGCACAACAAAGCCUGCUGCAGGCAAGGACGGUGCCGGUGCGCGUCCUGGUGUGGUCGACGCCUAACCCUGUACUCCUGGAGCACACUGUCGAUGCCAUGGCGGUGUGUCUCCAGCAGUCCAAGCAGCUAUCGCGCUCGUUUUGGAAGGCGGUUUGGUUCGGCGCCACAGACACAGCAACAGCACACAUGGGUGACGCUCCCUAUUGGGAGCGUUCUGCGACAGCGGCUCGCUUUUGGCGAGAACUCUGCAUGCUGCUCCCGCUGACAGCAACCUACGUGUUUCGAGUGGCUGCAUCAGCGAUUCAGGAGCCUCUUGGGGCCUUUUUGGCGUUUCAAUUUUUUCAACAGGAAUGUGUAAGCUUCGCAGAGCCUUGGAAAAUUGCACCGGCUUAUGUGCAAACGAUGGAUACCCAUCCCGCUCGAGAUGAGUCUGGACUCGUCGUACACCGACUACAAACGAGCGCUCCGCGACAAGUGCUCGAGACGCCCGGGCUGGUGCUACCACAAGGAUCGCAGGGACUCUGGUAUGCAGACUUCGAUGCAGCGAUCUGGAAAGUUCACUGGGACGGUCUGCUGCUCGUUCCCGAGUGUCCAGCGGGACUAGCGCUUUUCCACCGCAUCGGAUGGGUGUUGUUCUCGUCUUCGGGAGUGAUGCAAAUGGAGCGCCUGGACUUGCCGUCACCGCAGGCACCAGGCCAGGAGCCAGAUGGUACUGAUACGCAGCAGCAGCAGCAGCAGCAGCAGCAGCAGUUCCUCGGUGCGCACAAAGCGACGCUGUCCAGUAUCCAGGAUGCUUGCAACGAUACCGCAACCCUCAAUAGGUACCUGCAGGACACGCGCGAACAGCUCUGGAUAUGGCUCGAGACGCACUGGACGCGCCUUCGACGGGUGCUGAUGGAUUACCGUCAGCACCGUGGCGAGCGUGAGCUGCACACGACGCUAGCGUCUUUGCCAAAGGCGCAGGCCAUGGCCACCCUGAUGACCAUCAUCUGCAACAGGUACGCGUCUUCAGGGUCGUCUGCUGUGGAGCAGAAGCUCUUUACGCAGGCGGUGGAUCUGCUGAAUCCCGCGGCUCCAGUGCCGAAGGACGAGGCUGAAGCGCUUUGGCUUGCCCGAGCCUGGAUGCAACUCGCCUUUAUUCCGAGUCCAUGGCACCAUUGGUUGGUAACGUUGCCCGCGGACCUCGAGACAGAGGCGCAACGCUCUCCCGCUACCCUGCUGGAGUCGGUGCAGGUCCGCUAUGCGCUGGUCACGCGAGCUCUGGAGAAGAGCCUUCCACCGCGCAAAUCUGCUACCAAACGCGAGAGACCAGCAGGAGCGUCGACUUGGAACGGAGCCGGCGGUUAUCUGGUGCCGACGGGCUCGAAUGCGCCCAGCGCCCUAGAAUGGCCUUGGUGGCAGCACCAGACCCUUUUGGAUCAACUCUGGAUGCAUGCCUGGCGAGUUGUCCAUACCGUGGAUGCUAUCCAGACGGAGCUGAUGAUGCACCACAGUCGAGCAGCGUACGUGCUGCCCAGUGCCGUCACAAACCUGUCCCGUGCGGAGGUGCGGCAUGCGUCCGAGUUUACCGCUGCAGCGUUGAGUCUCGUCAACUGCUGUGCUGGGAUGUGUCAGGCGGUGCUCUGCUUUCAGCGCACCAUGCUGACGGUCCGUUUUUCGCGGACCUGGUCCAGAGAGGCGCUGGUGCGCAUUGCUUCCGAUGAGGUUUCUCGCGGAGCGGACUUUGCUGGCAGCCAGCACGAACCCGAUCAUUGGCUACUUCAGGGGCGGCAUGCGAAGCACUUGCCCGCGCUGUGGAGGUUCCUGUGGCGCACGCUGCAUCCCCAGGCACCGGCGCUUGCACACUUCGAAACAGGGCCUGCCUGUCGAGCACGAACUGAAUUGAUUGCUCGGGGAAUUGCGGCAGAUAUCUGGGAUAUCUGGGCCCUGCUACAUCUGGGUGUUCGGGAAUGCCUAGAUGCAUCUAUUGCGGAAGCAGAUGCUCUCUCCGAACUAUGGCCAACGACUUGGUGGCCUGAUUUCUUUCCACUGGUUCAGCGGGCACUUCAAGUGGAUCCCGAACCAGUGUUGUGCUUUCUUUUGGCAGCGUUAGCAGUCGACCAGCCAGUGCUCCUGGACAACCCGAAUGCUGCCGCUCUGCUUGUUAGCUGGGGAUCUGUUACAGCCCGGGUAUCGCAGCAAACCGAAGAGCGAAGCAGCAGCGCUGAGCGGCGCGCUUCAGAGUCGCCUUUCUCGUCACCAGCAUCUGGUGUGCUGCGUUCGAGCCGCCUCUGGCAGCUCCUCUGGGAUGAAUGGCGGUGUUUCAUUCCGACGGAGCAGCGAGUGAACUUGACGGAGCUCGCUCCGCUCGGAGCGCUCUUCGUACGCCUUGGACUAGGUCAGGUGUCGACGCCAGAGGUAGAAUCCUGGCUGACGAUGCUGUUUCGAGAUAUGUUGAUCCCUUGGCGGAAGCGUAUUCUCGCCAAAGCACCAGAUUCAGUAACCGCGGUAGCAGUCUUUACGACGAGCAUCGUGCUCGCGUGUUUCCUCGAACUUGUGAACCGACUUUGGAUGCGAUCACGACCAACGCAAGGAGUACAGCGCAAACUCGUCGCAGAGGCUGCCCCGAAGUCGUCGGCGAUGAACCCAGCGCUCGUUUCUGCGUGGACCGAGCUCAUCACCUUGCUCUGCCGUGUACCCACGGACGAUAUCGAAACGCCCGGGAAAGGUUCCGCAACGUGUUCACCACCGGCAAGCAUAGGCGAAACGGAAGAGUCGCAGCGUGUGCUCUGGCCAGAAGGCCAAAUCCUCUGGAACAAACACUACAGAAGUGAUGUCACAGGGCUCUGGUCAGUGACGACGCUGUUGGUGCUGCAGACGAUCCUCAGUCGGGAUCUCGACGUCGAGCCGCAAAAUCGCCGAAAAGAAGCGCUCGUCCUCCAGAGCCUAGCCACAUCCGACCAGCUUUGGAUACCGUGGCUGCAUCAGACCGUCUUGGCAACCAAUUUGGAGCUGCUGUUGUGUGUCGUGGAGGCUCCACAGCCUUCCACGGAGCGUCCCGUGUUGACGUUGCCUGCACAACAGGCUUCAUGGAGCGUUUCACUGAAGCGUCUCGAGCAGGUACUGCUUCGUCUGUGUGCGAGCGACACUGGUACCGGACUCGGGGCGAUGCGACGCCUGGCAUGGACUGAGCUCAUCUUUCGCUUGAGUCGCUUGGAAGCAGCAGUUACUGGAGACAACGCGGCGAGUUGCCGAACAACUGGAAUCGCUUUCGCAGCCUCUGCUGCACUGGAUAUGCAGCGAAUGCAAUCCCACGUUCGAAUGCUGUUGCAGACGCUCGAAAGGCAACUGGACCGUCUGGAAGCAAGCGUCAUGAGCGAAAUGAAAGGCACCGAUGAUUGGUAUCCUGCUGGGAUUCAAAGCUGGCGCCUGCUACGCCCGGACGCAGAGACGUCUUCUGUCGAAGUGCUCCUCGAAGUUGGUGUUACGGAACGACUUGUGCUUGCGCUCUGCAAGCAGGUCGUCCACGGAGGCUUGCAUCGAGAGGCCGCCUCCACGAUAUACGCUGCCUCGGAGCUUGCGUACGGCGAAGGGCUCCUGCAGCGUCUGCUGGAGCGGUCGGCUCGUUGGCCAUCGCUACAACCUGCAACCGCACUGCUGUGUCAGUUCUGGUUUUCGCCGGCUCGCUUAGAUGAAACCGAGUGGGCGAAGCGUUUCCUUCCUGUCGUUUUCAGCGCACUCUGUGCGCCGGUAACCCCGCCAAACAAGCAGACGCAUCGUUGGUGGCUUGUCCUGCUGCUGCUCAACUGGGCAGUGCGUUCAGCGCGCUGUGCAGAUGUGAUCAUUCGACAGCAGCAGGGACUCUGGAGCCUGGGACGGCUCUCAAGCGCUCGCAUUCAUCAACGCUUAACUCCAGAUGGUAAGCGACCAACAUCGGACUUUAUGAUGUAUCUGAUGCUGCUCCGAUUGUACGCAGUGCUCCUGCAGCAAGCGCGUGCGCACACGACUGCAGCAACGCAGCAGCGUCUACGGCUCGAGGUGUACGCAUUCGUGUCCUCGUUUGAGGGUGCACCGACGCAACUCGCUGCCUUCACCCGUCAUUGGUUAGAUACAGCGCUUCGGCUGAGUGAGUCAGAGACGCGCCAGGCCUGGUCCACAACCUACGCCUGGCACUGGGCGAUGCUGUCUGAAUUCUCUGCGAUUGCGGGUUUUCUCGAAGCGCUGCUCACUUCGCCACCCGAAGCGGAUCUCUUACCAGAACUGGAGUCACAAUGGUCUCCAGAAUGGCUCCAGCAACGCUAUCAACAAGUCGGUUUGAGUCUGGCUGCGGCACUGCGUUGUCUCCGAAUGGCACCACGGUGGCUGUCGCUUCCGUUGCCCGACCUGGGCAUGUGGACGCAUGCUUCGUUGCGCGGUUCACUUGCUGAGUACCCGCUGAUGCUAUCGAGUUCGAUGAAGGAUGGAAUCGGGGAGCGACACACCCAAACGUCGAUCUCGGGCACGCUGACUAUCGUCCAGGAGACGCUCGCGGACAAACUGGAGCAAGCGAUGGGUCGUCUGAUAUCGAUUGCGCUGCACCUUACGGGUCAUUAUGGAGUCUGGGCGCCAAUGAUGACUUGGACGGACCUCGAGACGCCCACUAUGGGUCUCGGACUCAUGUUGGUGCUGCACUGGCUGCAGGGAUUGAACAGCAGCAGCGAAAUGCCCCAGCGGCAGCGACGUCGUAUUCUCUUGCUCGAAGGGAGUCUGUUGCUAUUCCUGAAGCAGCUUGUGCAUCAUAAUGAACAUGGAACGUUGCCACUUGGUUUCGCCGAGGAGUGCGGUAAGCGUCUCGCGGGACUCGAGCAUCGUCUGCGGAGUCAAGCAGAGGAUGUGCUCCCGUCGACGCAGCGGAGCGUGCUUCUGCGUAUGUUGCAAGCCGUAGAGACGUUACUGCUCGUUCGAGGGCGCACUCCGGAUACCAUCAGCUGGAGCAAGAUGCUGCUGCGGAAGCAGGAGCUUGCUCACCACGGCCUGCGGUCAGGUUUUGCAGCGUAUGCUACGAACAAGAAUGAUGCAUAA